AUGAUACUCUUGAUUCUGUACUAUGUGUACAAAUGGAUUACUGUUCCCUGGGCUUAUUAUGAGAGUGCACGAUCCCGCCGCAUGAUCCACCAGUAUGCUACAAAUAAUAACAACCAAGCGGGCUUGGAUCCUAACAAGAAGAGAGACAUCAAACGUAAAGAAUCGGUUGAAGAAGAAUUAAGGAGACAUGAGCUGAUAGGUUUAGUUUGGGUUGUAAUAUCUCCUGGUAUUGCAGGAUAUACACUUCAAUAUAGCCGAUACUUUCUAAGUAAUUAUGACAAGUAUAUGAGUACUUUUAAUGUCACCGUCUUUGUUUUGGCCGCCACCCUUAAACCCUUGAUUCAUGUCAUGGCUCUUUUGCGUGAAAGAACAGUCUUCUUACAGAGUGAAAUAAUGGUGAACGAAAGUGAAACAGACCUAUUAAGAAAAAAACUAGACAUGAUGGAAGAAGAGCUUGAAGGCUUGAGAAAAGCAUUUGCUACCAAAAGAGAUCUAGGACAGGUGGCAAAUGGCAUAAAUCCGACACUUCAGAAUAUAACAAAAGCUAUAAGACGACUUGAAAAGCAAGAAAAGAUACUUGGAUCGUGGUCUGAAGAACGGUUCACGGAAAUCGACCAAAAGGUGCAAGACUUUGACCAAUUCAUAUGUUACAGCAUUGAGCAGGACCAAAAGAAGUCUGGGCAAAAAAUACUUGUCACUUUAAUGUUUUUGCCUAUAAACCUUACAUUUUGGGCAGCAAGACGCAUGACAGGGCUUUUACCUAUUCCUAGAGCUCUAUUGGGAUUCACACCUAACAAAUCCCCUCGUAUUAUAUUCAAACAAGAGACGAUGAUUAUGUUACAUUAA